ACGCAGAUUCUUCAUCUGAUAAGAAUAAUGUUACAAAAUAGAAUUUGGACGGCAGCAAGGCUGCAAUUGAGACAACAUACUACCUAUUUGUGGAAUGCUCUUCCUCUAAGCAGGUUUGGAGAGAGCUCCAGUGAGUCAUCGGUAACACAAAACAUGUCUGCACCGAGCUUCAGAGAUCUGUGGCCAGGUUUGUCACACGCCGUUGUUCCUUGCGCGCUCCCAAACGCACGCGGUCUACCUUUCUUUGCUCGACUCUCGGCGCAUCUGCUGCCCCUCCAUUUUUGUAGCUACGCCACGUUUCCUCUAAAACGGUAAAGAUCUUCCUCGAUGCAAGAUUUUUUUUUGGUUUGCUUCCAAUGAAGGAAAAGUCGGGAAUGUGUGCGGAUGAUCCUGUAAAAUUGCACCCUGUUUGCUGGACACAGCACUGGCCAUGAGCUUCUUCUGCUGAGGUGUACGCCGGUGCAGUCCUCAACCGGACUUUCUUGACUUGUGGCCACAAGGCCAAAGCUUGCAUUGUACCCCUAUAUCUAUAUAUAGAUUUGCAUCGUCCAUGCGUUUGCUAUCGAGCCCAGCCAUUCACCUCAUCACCUACAUUUGUCCGAGCUUCUUACAGGGGAGAAGUCGAGAAGAGAGCACUAGCUAGUAACCAUGGGGGUUCUCAACUGGAUGCAGACCAAGCUCCAUGGAUCACAUCGCAGCAGGAGGAGGCCUGCAGAAUUCAGCGCAAGCACAGCUCGGCCUGCUGACGCCUCCGGUGGAGUUCCUCAGACAGAAAACAACCUCGACGACGGCUGGACCACGGCGAUGCUGUCGAUUGGGACGUUCGGCAUGGGGGAAGGGAACACAACGAAGAGCUGUGGGCAUCUGGACGAGCUCAGCAGGCUGCAGGAGGAGCUCAAAUCGCUCGCCACAGCCAAUGAACUGGGCAGGGUAAAUCACCUGCAGCUGGAGCGGCUCCUAAGCUCUUCUUCCACCUCUAGGACACUUGCAACAAGAGCCUUCGGAGGUUUCGGGCCCAGGCCAAGCUUGAGGGAAACUGUACCCGAAAUGAGAUUUGACGAGAUUGUCUGGGGUUUGCUGCUCAAGAAGGCGCACCCUGAAAACCCAGCGUUCUCUGAUACUGCAGCAAGGGAUGAUCAGGUGGUCCGGAUGGCUCCGAAAGGCAAGGUACAGGCCGAUGACAAAGGCGGCAAAUGGAUCAGAACAGAUUCACAGUACAUCGUGUUGGAGAUCUGAACUUCCAGGAUGGGAGCAAAAAAAAGGAGAUAACCGAUUCCUUGUACAAUUUUGUUUGGUACACGCCUGUCUGCAUAUGAUCUUAUCGAUGGCCUUCGAAACCAGGGAAAACAAUAUGGUUUUCUAUGUUUUCCUUGUCAUGUAACAGACUAAAGAUAUUCGGUAUUCCAAUACUGCAAUGCAGACCAUAUUAUCAAACAAAGUGCUGGCCUACAGUGGCAUACAUCCUGAAACAACUUAGACAUGUGCUCAGCAGAGUACGUUUCCCAGUCUAAAAAGGAAGAGCUUCGUAGCUAUAAAAUUGCUCAAGUUUUGCCGAGUGGCGCAUAUGGCAGCAACUAGCAGCUGAUUUUAGUAGCAGCUGGUGAAAACAAACGGUACCCUUUAAUGUACAUCUGGUAUCUAGUACACACCUAUCUCUGA